GGCCGGGGCCGGGGCCGGGGCCGGGCCAGGCUCCUCCCGCCGGGGGCGCAGCCACAGCCCGCUGGAACCGAGGUGACGAAUCGCUCCGGCUGCGCCCUGGCCACGUCCCCGCCUCGCGGCCGGCGGGAGGGACCCGGAGCCGGGGCAGGAGCCGGGGCAGGAGCGCGGCGCCCCAGCGGGAGUAGCCGGGAGAGCGCGGCGGGGAGCGGCCGGAGCCAGGCGCGCUCCGGGGCCGGGGGCCGCGCUGGGGUGCACCCGCCCCCAGUGACGAUGCCAUGGCCUGCGCCCCGUGACGCCGAGCUCCGGGCGGCCAUGGGGAGCAUCUACAAGGAUUACUUCAACCCGCAGAAGAUCCGGGAGCACUACAACUACACCAAGGAGCUGACGGAGAAGCGGCAGAGCCCGGGGCGUGACGCCGUCUCCAUCGCCAUCGUCAUCCUGUGCUGUCUCAUCGUGCUGGAGAACCUGCUGGUGCUGGUCUCCGUCUACCGCAACAAGAAGUUCCACUCGGCCAUGUUCAUCUUCAUCGGCAACUUGGCCUUCUCCGACCUGCUGGCCGGCUUGGCCUUCAUGGCCAACGUCCUGCUCUCGGGCCAGCACACCUUCAGCCUGACGCCGGUGCAGUGGUUCGUGCGGGAGGGCACGGCCUUUGCCACGCUGGCAGCCUCGGUCCUCAGCCUGCUGGCCAUCGCCAUCGAGCGGCACGUGGCCAUCACCAAGGUGAAGGUGUACAGCAGCGACAAGAACUGCCGCAUGGUGCUGCUGAUCGGGGCCUGCUGGGUGAUCUCGGUGGCCAUCGGGGGGCUGCCCAUCAUGGGCUGGAACUGCAUGGGCCGCCUGGAGGACUGCUCCACCGUCCUGCCCCUCUACUCCAAGCGCUACAUCCUCUUCGUCGUCACCGUCUUCACCGCCAUCCUGCUCUCCAUCGUGCUGCUGUACGGCCACAUCUACUGCAUCGUCCGCUCCAGCCACGCCGAGAUCGCCAGCGUGCAGACCCUGGCCCUGCUCAAGACGGUCACCAUCGUCCUGGGGGCCUUCAUCAUCUGCUGGCUGCCGGCCUUCAUCAUCCUCCUGCUGGACACCUCGUGCGCCAUCAAGGCCUGCCCCGUCCUCUACAAGGCGGACUAUUUCUUCGGCUUCGCCGCCCUCAACUCGGCCAUCAACCCCGUGAUCUACACGCUGCGCAGCAAGGACAUGCGGAAGGAGUUCCUGCGGGUGCUGUGCUGCUGGGGCGUGGCGGGACGCGGCAAGCCGGCCGAGCGCUGCAUGGUGCCCCUCCGCAGCUCCAGCUCCCUGGAGCGCUGCACCCAGAAGCAAGACCUGCCCACCUCGCCCAUCCUGCGGGAGUGCACCACCUCGGUGUGAGUGCCGCAGGGACAGCGGGCGCUGAUUGGUACGAAGGGACCCGGCCCGGAGCCGGCUCUCCCGCCGGCAGCAGGAGGCUGCCGAGGGCGUCUCUGCCGGGGCAAGGAGGGCGGGGACUCUCCAGUUACUGACAGUCUGGUUUGCGUGAUCCCGUCUUCCCGAGCGCCACCCACUCCUGCCGGGAUCCUGCCUGCUCCCAGCACGGCCUCACCCAACCCCCACGCCCACGCCCACCCGGCGCGCGCCCAGGGGCUGGGUGGCGGCUGCCUGGCUCCAUGCACGCUGGCCCAGGGGCCGUUCCGGCGGACGCCCUGCCCUGCUGGGAGCUCAGCCCCGCCCUGCUCUGCCUGCGGGGGAACUGCCAGCUGCCCUGCUGGGAUGGAGGGGGCUGGCAGCGAGGGGCUUGCUGCACCAGGCCCGGCCCAGGGGGCGCGGAGGGGAUCUGGGCAGUCAGCACCAAGCCCCCACUGCAUCUAUUUUCCCUCACCAGCUGGUAGCGUCCGGGCACCAGAGCCCCCGCAUGGCACCCGGCCCCGGCUCAGUGCAGCGAGCAGGCGCUGUCGGGGGCAGGAUGAACUGGGGGCUGCGCAGGGAAUGGGGCAAGAACCCUCCAGGGGCCCACGCCUGCUUAGAGCGAGUGUGUCUGUGCGGUGCAGUGGGGGGGGGGGGCUGGCUGGCUGUACGGUGCACUGUGUGUGUGUGUGUGUCUGGCUGUGCGGUGCGGUGCACUGUGUGUGUGUCUGUGCAGUGUGUGUGUCUGGC